GCAGGAGGAAAAGUCCUGCCCUUACUGAAAGAUUUCCUGUUUCAGAGCAAAGCGAGCAGAAUCCAGUGUGAGUCAACCCGCUUCAGUGUUCACACACACACACACACACACACUUUUACGCGCACAGUGAAGAGGAAAGCUUGAGCCUGUUCGUCUCCGGAGUCACGCAGCUGGCGUGGACGAGCAGAGACACAGUCUUCUCUCCAACUCGAGGACACUUUUAACUUCAUUAAUGUGAGACCCGGACGGAGAGGACUCGGCUAAUGGAGUAUGCAGGCUUUUCCGUGCUGUGGUGGGCGGCUGUCUUCAUGUCUCCACUCGCGCUGGAGAGGAGCGUAGUGGAAGGAAUGAUCCCUGGCGAAAUUAAGAUAAGCAAACUGUGUAAGUUCUGCGAUGUGCAGAUCUCCACCUGUACUGGAUCUGGUGGAUGUAAAGCCAACUGCAGCAUCACCUCUAUCUGUGAGCGAAACGAUGAAGUCUGCGUGGCAAUCUGGAGAAAGAAUGAGGAAAACAACACUAUCGAGACAGUGUGUCACGCUCCAACACAACCUCUGUAUGGGAUGUUUCUGAAGGACUACAACAGCAGCACAUGUGAGAUGAAGGAACAAAAGACAGACAAUGGUCUGCUCUACAUCUGUUCCUGUGAUACUGACGAGUGCAACGAGGACCUGAUUUUCUCUCACAGUGCUAAAAGGAAAUAUUUUGCGGAGUCGUCAGCAUUUAAUCCAGCUGAAAGUGAUUCAGGCGCCCCAGAAAAUGAAGUGCUGUUAGUAAGCUUUGUCAGCCUGGUGCCUCUGCUUGUUCUGGCUGUAGUGGUUGUGGCAUCGUUCUACUGGUACCGCAUCCACCGACGACGCAAGCUCAGCGAGUGGGAAACCAAAAAACCUUCGAAACGCAAAGGUCCACUAGACUGCAGCGAUGCGUGCGCUAUAAUGAUGGACGACGAUCGCUCGGACAGCAGCUCCACGCACGCCAACAGCCUUAACCAUAACACGGAACCUCUGCCAUUAGAGCUGGACAUGCAGGUGGGCAAAGGUCGCUUCGCAGAGGUCUACCGAGCCAAGCUGAGGCAGAGCUCGUCGCAGCAGUUUGAGACGGUAGCCGUGAAGAUCUUCCCGUGUGAAGAGUACGCUUCCUGGAAGAACGAGAAAGAUGUCUUUUCGGACACCGACCUGAAGCAUGAGAACGUGCUGCACUUCCUUACCGCUGAAGAAAGGAAGGUCGAGAGGCAGUUCUGGUUAAUUACAGCCUACCACCCUCGUGGAAACCUGCAGGAAUACCUCACCCGGCACCUGAUAAGCUGGGAGGACCUUCGGAGGCUUGGGGGCUCACUGGCAUGGGGCAUUGCACAUCUACAUAGCGAGCGCACUCCCUGCGGACGGCACAAAGUGCCCAUCGCUCACCGAGACAUCAAGAGCUCCAACAUCCUGGUAAAGAACGACCUCACGUGUUGCCUGUGUGACUUCGGCCUGGCUUUACGACUGGAUAAUUCCCUGUCUGUGGAUGACCUGGCCAACAGUGGACAGGUUGGAACAGCAAGGUACAUGGCGCCAGAGGUGCUCGAGUCCAGAAUCAAUCUGGAGAACAUCGAGUCCUUUAAACAGACUGAUGUCUACUCCAUGGCUUUAGUGCUGUGGGAGAUCACGUCCAGGUGUAACGCCAUUGGAGAGGUAAAAGAUUAUGAACCUCCAUUUGGCUCUAAAGUGCGAGAGCACCCCUGUGUGGAGAGCAUGAAGGACAACGUGCUCAGAGAUCGGGGCCGGCCUGAGAUCCCCAGCAGCUGGACGAAGCACCCGGGUGUGGCUUUGGUGUGCGCCACUAUCAACGACUGCUGGGACCAGGACCCCGAGGCUCGUCUCACGGCGCAGUGUGUUGCCGAACGCUUCAGGGAAAUGAAAGACGACCUGGAUAAGCUGUCCACCCGCAGCAGCUCUGAGGAGAAGAUUCCAGAGGACUGCUCUGUGAGCGUCAGUGACGACAAAUGAAAGAGUGGGAGAAAGAGCUAGAGACAAUUUACUGUCACUCUGAACUGGGAGAGUGUUAUCUGUACUCACAUCAUGUGAUCAGCAAAGAAGAACAGCUCCCUCCAAACAAUGGAAACUGGAAAACAUUCAGUAUGCUAUAAACAAUGUGUGCUUGUGUGUGCGGGUGUGUAUCAGAGGCCCCGGGGCACGGGCCACAGGGAAAUGAAGUAGCUUUAAGCUUUAUAUGUGUCCCAUAACCAAAGAGUUAAUGCACUUUAUCAGAUUGUCUAUCUAUGCAUAUGUAACAGUAAAGAAGCACUGGUGGCUUUAUGGCAAGAGGACGUGGCUGGUGCUUCCCUCCUCAAAGCUCACCGGAGCUCAAACAUUACCUGAGCAGGUGUCCAUAAGAGAUUCUAUGAAAUAUAGAGUUUGAUAUAUCACUGUCUGUGAUCUGUGUGUGUGUGUGUGUGUGUGUGUGUGUGUGUGUGUGUGUGUGUGUGUGUGUGUGUGUGUGUGUGUGUGAACAAGUUUGAUUCCAUGUGCAUAAAUGAAUGUUGUGUGUUUGGCAUUGUUUUAACAAAGAUCUUUUUUUUUUUUUUUUUACUCAUAUGCCAAAAAAAAACAGAGCACAGUGUAAAUAUAAGUAUUGAAUAAAAAAAUCAUAUUACAUUAUUGGAAAAGCAACAAAAAAAAAAAGGGAAUAGAACCUUGCCUUGGCACCAAGAAGUAUUUUAAUAAAGCUUUUCCAAUUGUGUCGCUUUAUAAAUAAUCAGGUAAACAGCAGAAUGUGCCUCUUGUUUUUAUAAGCAAUAUAUUGUAAAUCUUUUAUGAUUAAAUAAAUUUGUUUACAGUGUUUAUUCUAAAA